AAGUAUGGGAUAUGGAGUUUGUGAACCUCAAACAUUCUACAUAGCAAAGCAUGCAGGAUUUACAUCAAAUUUGUACGCGAAACAUAGCUUGCGACAUCUUUAGGCAAGUGUUACCAUGUUGUCGGAUUUAUUGCAAGGUACUGAUCCUGGAGUGUUUCUCAUAAUCCAAGAUUCUUGUAGUUGCUCUGGAAGACACCUCCUAAAGAGCUUCAUCAACGCUGCCCUGAACAGGGAGGAGGAUGUCCAGGUCCUCUGUUUUGAUGUGAAUGAAGACGAGCUGAAAGAUGGACUGAAAACAUCAAUCAUUCAGAGGCUUCAUAUUUGCAACGCUUACCCAGACCCCCUUGCAUGGACUGAUUCCCCAGCUUUUACAGUGCACCAGUUCAAUUUAGAGGGAGUUGCACAUCUGAUAAAACAAACCUCACACCCCAAACCAACUGUGUUAGUAAUCGAUUCUCUGUCAUGGAUAUUGAGACACGCGAGUCCAGCUGAUGUCUGCAAAACACUUCAGCAACUCAAGAAAGGGGGAGCUGUGAGAGCUAUUAUUGGCCUUCUUCAUGGAGACAUGCAUCAGAGGGGCACUGUAGGAAGUGUCUGCCGCUUGGCUACCUCAGUGAUCACUGUGGCACCUGGAAUAAAGGGAGAAGAAGCAGUUGCAAAAAUAACUAAGCGCUCAAAAUCAGGGAAAGUCAUGCAAGAUGAGGAGAUAUUCAGCAUCAAAGAGGAUUUUACAGUCACCAUACAAAGUAAGCCCAGCCCUACUGGACAUAAACAAAGUGACGCAGAGGAACAUCAGGUGGACCCAACAGCUAAUUUGACCUUCAAUCUUCGGCUGUCCGACACAGAGCGAAAGGCUAAGGAGAAAGUUGCACUUCCCUUUGUCUUCAGCAAAGAGAAGAAAACAGCUCUGCUCCACUCAGGCCCGGGUUCAGGCAGAAUUCUGUAUGAGCCUGAUGCAAAUGAUGACUAUGACCAGGAGGACCCUGAUGAUGAUCUUGAUGUCUAGGAUUAACAAUUAAAAGUUAUUGAUCACACAGUUUCAUGUCCUUCUUGCCAUUUAAGACACUGCGCUAUUUCUGUCAGUAGACACUCAGUUUUCCAUCAUAUCAUCGUAUGUAACUGUGGUGAUAUAAAACAAUGUUCUAUAUUUUUAAGAAAUGUUUUUUAUCUGUAUAAAUAAAUGUUUUUGUAAUUUUA